UAUGUUACCAUCUCUUUAUAUAUCAAGUGAGUAAUGAGUCUGGAUAUAGAUAAGAUUUAGACCAGAAAUUCAAGUUUCAAUGAAGAAAAUACAUGCUUUAGUUUUACCAUUUCCAGCUCAAGGUCAUGUCAUACCACUCAUGAAACUCUCAAACUACUUAUCAGAACAUGGCUUCAAAAUCACGUUCGUCAAUACAGAUUCCAACCAUGAAACUGUUGUAGCUUCCUUGCCAAAACAAAGCAACAGCAAAGAGAAUGGCAUUCGUCUAGUUUCAAUCCCAGAUGGUAGGGAUCCAGGCGCAAACGAAAGAGAUUUUGCACACCUUUUGGAUUCCAUCUCUGCUUCAAUGCCAAACUAUCUAGAGGUGUUGAUAAGAGAAAUAAAUGAGUCAAGUGAUGAUGAUGAUAAGAUCACCUGUGUCAUAGCUGAUGAGAAUAUGGGAUGGGCUGUAAAAGUUGCAAAGAAAAUGAAAAUCCCAGCUGCAGCAUUUUGGACUGCUUCUGUAUGGCUCAGGACCGUGCAUCUACAUCUCGAGCAGAUGAUCGAAACUGGAAUACUCGAUUCCGAAGAAGGAGUUCCGACGCAACAACAAAUGAUGCAGUUCUCUCCUGACAUGCCUGCUAUGAACACAGACCUCUUCCCAUGGACUCUUACCGGUGACAGUAUUCUGCAAAAGAGCUUUUUUCGAUCUAUUAGAUCAAAUACUCAAGAUAUAAGAGACGCUAAUUGGUUUCUAUGCAAUUCAGUUUAUGAGCUAGAAAAACCAAAUUUUCCAUUGAACAAGAACCUCCUUCCUGUUGGUCCGCUUCUGCUUGCAGCUGAUCAACAAGCACAGCUUAGUGGGAACUUCUUGGCUGAGGACUCAACUUGCCUGAGUUGGCUGGAUCAACAACCUGCUCGUUCUGUCAUUUAUCUUGCUUUUGGAAGCAGCACAAUACUCGAUAAGCACCAAUUUCAUGAAAUAGCACUUGGACUUGAGCAUACAGGUCAACCAUUCUUGUGGGCAGUACGGCCUAACCUCACCGACAUUGAUGCUUAUCCAGAUGGUUUCCAAGCAAGACUUGCAAACCGGUCUCGGAUAGUGGGAUGGGCACCUCAGCAGAAAGUGUUGGCGCAUAAAUCAAUAGCAUGUUUCGUAACGCAUUGCGGAUGGAAUUCGACUAUGGAGGGAGUGGCUAUGGGAGUUCCAUUUUUGUGUUGGCCUUACUUUGUUGAUCAAUUUCUUAACCGGAGUUACAUUUGUGAUAUAUGGAAGGUUGGCUUGCAGUUGAACAAAAAUGAAGGUGGAAUCAUACCAAAGGAAGAAUUUAUCAACAAGGUCAAGGCCUUGCUUGCUGAUGAAAUGAUAAGAGCAAGAGCUUUAGAGUUGCAAGAUAUAUCUAACAAGAGUGUUGUUGAAGGAGGCACUUCCAUGACUAAUCUCACUAAUUUCAUCGAGUCGAUCAAGUGCAAGCUAAAGAAACCGUAACCAAAGCAGGUUGCAAUAUCUUCAGACAUCUAAAAUGGUGCAAUCCCAAACUACUGUGAAAGCUCUAAGCGAGCAACUGAGACAGCUUAAAACUUAGGCAACUGAGUCAGUUUACAAGUAUGCAUGUUUUUAGAAAUGUAUUUCAAUAUGAUCUUUUCAAUAUAAGCUUGCAAUUUUCGGGUUA